CUGCUGCUGCUGCUGCUGCUGCUGCUGCUGCACCUCAACCCAACCCGACAACACCAACAUCAUCAGCAUCAACAUCAACAAGAACAACGACAUCGCGCUUCCAUGUCUCAAUGUCGUCGCCACUGGAUGCAUCACCAAGAUCACCACCACCACCAUCAACCACAACAACAACCACCACCACCACCACCACCACUCCAAUAACACCCUCAGUGCCGCAAUCGCACACAUACCACGCCAAACACCGACCGGUGGUUGUGCUGCCGGACGGACGGCGAAGGCGGUUGUGCAGCACCAGCAGCACUGACUCUGUCGACGGCGCCGAUCCCCUCGCACCGUCGCCCCACCAAGUCGGCGGGCACAGUUGCAUGCUGCGGCUGCCUGCAGGGCGGGUGUGCAAGGACUUUGCCUUGCGCGAGUACGAGUUUUACUCGACUGUGCGCCGGCUCGUCGCGGAGGAGGCCGAGCAGCAGUCCCGUGUGGCUCCCUUCACCCGGCUGCAAGAGUUCAUCCCAGCCUACUUUGGCUUGGUCGACAUUACAUUCCACGCUCAAUCCAGCCAGGUUGUGCUGGCCGGCAAUGUGCGCGACUGCACCCCUGCAGACGAAAUGCAGUUGCAGCAGCGUCAGGCCGUGCAGGACUCGCGGAAGCAAGCCAAGCAGGCCGAGCUUGCCGCAGAAAGCCAAACCUCGCCGCUGCACUCGUUGCUUGGCCACAGUCGUCAGUCGUCGGCCUCCUCAUCGCUCGAUUGCUCGGGCAUCUUCCAGAGCACAGAGCACCACCCCGCCGAGCAGCUUUCGGCUACUUUUGCGGCGCCUGCCUCGCCGUCUAGCUUGGUGCCAGCUACUGGCUCUGUUAGUGGCCGUUGCAGCACAGGUAGUUCGGCGGCAAGCGCAUCUUCUCUCGAGGAUGUUUCGCAUUCGGCGGCGCGCGCGACUGCUGGCAGCGCAGCCGGCACCAGCACCAGCACCAGCACUAGCACUGGCAGCAGCGCCGCUUCACUCAACGUGUUGGCCCCGUCCCCGGCACCCUCCCCUGUUGCCCUUGAUGCAAUGACUGCCGUGCAUGGCAGCGAGCCUUCCAGUUCGGCAACCGGGGAUUCAACGCCGCACCUCUCGGUCGUUCAUCACAACAGUCCUCACCAACACCAUCCCCACCACCUUCACCACCACCACCACCACUACCACCACAACCACCACCACCACAACCACCACGCUCAUCACUCUGGUCAGCACCAAUCACACCAGCAGCAGCAUCUCCACCACCAGCACUCGAGCCAUCGCGAUCAUGCGCAUCUGUCGCCACACUACUCGCACGCAAGCUCGCUUCAGAUGCUCAUUGCAAACUGCUUCUCCACUCCCCCCGAUUCAGGCAGCUCGCCCAACACGACGCUCAACAGCGUCACCGCUGCCGAGCUUGCGGGGCUCUCUGCUGCCGCGGCUCGCUUGGUGAGCGAAAACGCCGCAGUGGUCAGUCGCGCAUCAGCGCUUGCCGCCAUCCAGACCGCAGUGCUCGAUGCCUCCAGCCAAGGCCCUGCGUCGUACUCGUCCGAGUCCGACUGGAGCAGCGCCUCGCCAUCAGCCGACUCGUCCGUGCCCUCUCUCGAAGGCUCGCCGACUGCUUCCCCUGCCGCCGUCUCCAACAAGUCUCUCCCCGCUGUGGAGCUGGGCACUCUUUUGUUCCCAGCCAUUGACGCCAGCGACGCAAGUUCGCCUGUGGCGUCAACCGAAUCCUCCACGAGCGAAGAAGAGGCCGAUGCUCGAGAGUUGGACAAUCGUGUCCGACGCCGCGUUUCACUCUACACCAUUGACAGCCGCUGUGUCAGUCCCUCGUCGGCCAGUGCAAUGCGCUCAGCCGCUUCGUCCACGUGGCUCUCGACGCUGGAAGUUCACACGUCUGGCGUCAAUCAGUGGCCUCGGCUCUGCUACGACCGCUCGAUGAGCAAACUGCGUUCUGACAGCUCAGCAGACCCGCUUACAGGCGAACUCCGCACGGACGCCACCUGGCUUGUGCUCGAGGACUUGACCCGCCGAUACUACCGCCCUUGUGUCCUCGACUUGAAAAUGGGAGCGCGUCAACACGGCGACGAUGUCAAGCUCGAGCGUCGGCUGCACCAGAUGGCGAAGUGCGUCAACUCGACGUCGGUCACGCUUGGUUUACGGCUCUGCGGUAUGCAAGUGUACCGUGCUCUCCAAGACAAGUUCGCCCACGUGACAAAGUACACUGGCCGCUCGUCGACGGCGGAAGAGUUUGCGUAUGGCCUCGUGCUGUUCUUCUUCAAUGGCGAUCGCGUUCGUUUUGAUGCUGUCCGCGCUAUUUUGGCCAAGAUUCGCCGCUUAUCGGAGGUGAUCCAGCAAGUUGAUUUCCGCUUCCCCUCCGCGUCGCUGCUGCUCUUGUACGAGGGCUACGUUCCCGGUUCCGCCUGCGAGAACGCGUCAAGCGACGACGAGUCUACUUCACCCUCCGAGCCGAGUGCCAUGUUUGAUCCGAGCAUGGUGGAUGUUCGUAUCAUUGACUUUGCUCACACGUCCGCUCUGGCUCCAAAGUCUCCUCUGGCCCCUGGCGCGGGCUCCAUUCCCGGCAUUUCAAGCGAGCACGAGACAUUGCUGCGCGAAAUAGACGGGAGCGCGGCUUCUGGGCCUGACUCAAACUUUUUGUUUGGGCUCAACAUGCUGAUUGAGCUGCUGGAGGAAAUUGUGCAGCAGGAGCCCGUCGAGCUGAACUGAACGCCUUUUUUUUUCAACGGUACGAGCGUCUUUUAUACUUUUAUACACAAAACACCAUGGCAGGCAGUUCGCUCUCACCUGCCGAGCUGCUCUACCAGCGUUUUGAUUCGGUUUACAUAAUUUCUUUUGUUGAGGUUUUUUUUUUUUUGCUGAGAGUUUUGUUGACUGUACAACAUUGUUUGUAAUUUUUCUGCUUGCUUUUUAUGAUUGUUUUCGACUUGUAAAUUAAAC